AUGAGAAACACGUCAAACCCACUCAAUUCCAACUUGGCCAAAUGCGAUAGCACAGAAACCAUUUCAACUCUUGAAGACUACGAUGAGAAGAAUAAUGAGAAAUACGAUACCACAAUCCACGAAACAACUGCAACUGCGUCAUUCACUGACUUCGGCCUCAACAGCCGUCUCCUUCAGAACAUCAAGGCCGCCCAAUUUGAGCAGCCUUCUCCAGUUCAAGCCCUUGCAAUUCCAAAAAUGCUUCUUGGAAGGGACGUGCUCUGCCAGGCGAAGUCUGGGACUGGGAAGACGGCCGUUUUUGUGGUAGCAACGGUGGAACAGACACUGAGAGACCCAAAGACCAAAACAGUCGUCUGCUGCAACACGCCUGAAAUGGCCGAACAAGUCCACUCUGAGUACACGAGAUUCACUCGUGGAAUGAACAUCAACACAAUUAACCUUAAUUCAAGUACUGAUCAAUAUAUUGAUCAGAAUAUUGAUCAGAAUAUCAGUAUUUUCAUUGGUGAGAUUGACGCCCUCCUGAGGCAUAGGCGAAUCAAUUCAGUCAAAAAUGCCCUUUUUGUCCUUGAUGAAUGCGACCAAAUCAUCAACCAUCGUGGCCUAAGAACCCUUCUCUCUCGCAUCCACCCGAAAUCAGUGAACAUGUUCACGGCCACCCUCACCCAGGCGGCCAAGAGGGCUGCUCUUGCUCUGCUUCGUGAUCCGUACGAGCUGUACGUCCACGACGACACGCAGCUCACUCUCUACGGAUUGAAGCAGUUCUACAGGGAAGUGAAGGAGAGGGAGAAGCUGGAGACCACGCAACGAAUCAUCGAUGGAAGCGAGGCAGCCAAAAUCAUCGUAUUCUGCAACAGGCCUCAAAGUGUGGCGUACUUGGCCACGAUGCUGAGGCACAGGAGGGUUCUGAGUGCAACUGACUGUGAUGGAGACGGAGUCAGGGCGUGGCAGCUGCGACUGUUCAAGGAGAGCAGGACGCAGGCAGUGCUUGCUGCCACUGACGUCAUGGCACGUGGAAUUGACGUCAGAGGGGUGGAAUUGGUGAUCAACUACGAUAUGCCGCACGAUCCAGAAACGUAUUUGCAUAGGGUAGGAAGAGCAGGACGAUUUGAGACUGAAGGAGUUGCAGUGAACUACAUCAGUGGAAUAAAAGACAGAAUGAGAAUGAAGGAGGUUAUGAACAGGUACGAAGUGGAUGUAAAGGUGAUGUAG